AUGGCUAUGCAGGAGCUUCGCCCGAACCACACCAUCUACAUCAACAACCUCAACGAGAAGAUCAAGAAGGAUGAGCUGAAGAAGUCCCUGUACGCCAUCUUCUCGCAGUUCGGCCAGAUCCUGGACAUCCUGGUGUCGCGCUCGCUGAGGAUGAGGGGCCAGGCCUUCGUCAUCUUCAAAGAAGUCAACAGCGCCUCCAACGCCCUGCGCUCCAUGCAGGGCUUCCCCUUCUACGACAAGCCCAUGCGGAUCCAGUACGCCAAGACGGACUCGGACAUCAUCGCCAAGGUGAAGGGCACCUACGUGGAGCGGGACCGCAAGAAGGAGAAGAGGAAGGUCAAGGGCCAGGAGGUGCCAGGGAAGAAGGGGCUGCAAGGGGCCGUGGCGCCCAUGACUCCUGGGGUGCCCACGCCCAUACCGGGCAUGCCACCCAUGACCCAGGCUCCUCGAAUGAUGCCGAUGCCCGGACAGCCCCCCUAUAUGCCCCCGCCGGGCAUGAUGCCACCUCCUGGGAUGGGUCCCGGACAGAUGCCCCCUGGCGCAAUGCCGCCUGGAGCAAUGAUGCCAGGGCAGAUGCCUCAUGCUCAGGUGCCUGAGAACCCGCCCAACCACAUUCUGUUCCUCACCAACCUCCCCGAGGAGACCAACGAGCUGAUGCUGUCCAUGCUCUUCAAUCAGUUCCCGGGCUUUAAAGAGGUGCGCCUGGUCCCGGGGCGGCAUGACAUCGCCUUCGUGGAGUUCGAAAACGAAGUGCAGGCCGGGGCGGCGCGGGAAGCCCUGCAGGGCUUCAAGAUCACGCAGAGCAACGCCAUGAAGAUUUCCUUCGCCAAGAAAUAGCCUGGCCGGGGGCGGGCAGGGGCGGG